CUGUUAUUUACCUUCUUCAGCAGCACUGUAGAACACUGGAGGUCAGAGGCGAUACAAUGGCAAAACAAAGAUUAUUGAAUUUCACAGGAUUAUCGGAUACCUGACCGUUUCAUUUUUUUUAUUAAAGUGUUAGCGUGUUUCUGUCGCCGUCCGUGAAGUUUAUUUUACUGCUUACAUGUCGCAGGGUGUCCGUGUAGCCGUAAACAAACAAACAUGAGUGUCGCCGUUUCUAGACACAGAGACGCUGCAGUCGCGUCAGACUCCACGAGCUCAUCUGUCUCCAUAACAGCAAGCUUCACGCGAAUCUUUAAACACAUCCGAUAUGAAAAUCUUGCUGCUGGAUUGAGUGGAGGUGUUAUUUCAACUUUGGUGCUACAUCCUCUGGAUCUGGUCAAAAUAAGGUUCGCUGUUAGUGAUGGUCUGAAAAUGCGACCCCAGUACGAUGGCAUGAUGCACUGCAUGAAGACCAUCUGGAAGCUGGAAGGGAUCAGAGGCCUCUAUCAGGGCGUCACCCCCAACAUAUGGGGGGCUGGUGCAUCAUGGGGCUUGUACUUCCUCUUUUAUAAUGCUAUUAAAGCAUACAAGCAGGAGGGGCGGCAAACAGAGCUGAGCGCUGGCGAGCACCUGGUGUCUGCGGCGCAGGCAGGCAUUCUGGCGCUUUGCUUUACCAACCCGGUCUGGGUGACAAAGACCCGGAUGGUGCUGCAGUACAAUGCAGACCCGUCCCGGAAGCAGUACAAUGGAAUGAUGGACGCCCUCGUGAAAAUAUACCGUCACGAGGGUAUCCCGGGACUAUACAGGGGCUUUUUGCCUGGUCUGGUUGGGACUUCCCAUGCUGCAUUGCAGUUCAUGACCUAUGAGGGCCUGAAGAGGGAGCAGAAUAAAUAUAAAAAGAUGCCAUCUGAAUCGCUGCUGUCUCCAUUAGAGUACAUUACCAUAGCAGCCGUUUCCAAAAUAUUUGCAGUGGCAGUGACGUACCCGUACCAGGUUGUGCGCGCUCGUCUGCAGGACCAGCACAAUACCUACAGCGGGAUUGCGGAUGUGAUCAAGAGAACGUGGAGCAACGAAGGAGUCGAGGGGUUUUACAAAGGGAUGGUCCCCAACUUGGUGCGUGUCAUUCCGGCAUGCUGCAUCACCUUCCUGGUCUUUGAAAAUGUGUCACGCUUGCUGUUGGGCGAGUACCCCUAAACAUUCAGGACACACACACACACACACACACACAAUAAUGGACCAAAACAAAAAAUGGCAGGACAUAUGUAAGUGUGCUGAAGAAUAACAGGAAUAUGAAUCAUUUUCUGUUUAUCUCUUUACUCAAUGUGCAGAUUAAGCGUGUUAGAAGAAGAUGAGGUUCAUGUAUAUAAGAUUGAGGUUAAUGAUGUAUUGUUGAUGUUUGCGUGUAUUAAGAGACUGAUUCGGUGUAAUCAUAAAAUAAUAUAAGACAUCCAUGAAAUUUUCUCUCGGAGUACAACAAAAGUGAUUUGUACAAACCCCACAAUUUUAAGUUGUCAGGUCGAUGCGAGGAAUGUGUCAUGGAAAACUGGAUUCAAGCCAUCAGACACCAAUCCAACCAAAAUAGUCGAUGUUUGUCUUUUUUUAAAUUGCUGCUUUAUUUGUGGACUUGAGCUAUGUGAGCGAAUGAAAUCUUCACUGGCUGGUUAGCCCAGCCCAGGACAAGACUGACUGGGCAUGCUCAGGAAAUGAUGUAAUGCUUAAGGGUAAUAGCACACAGGCCUGAGAGAAACUGAUACCUUACUGGAGGACUGGCAUAUUUUAACCAGAUGUUUGUGGAUGACAUCAGAAUAAGAGAAAUAUUAUGAGCGAAUGAAGAACUGUGAUAGGAGUCCAACAAAUGUAUUGUAUGUAAAGUGUGUGCUAUUGUGAGUAACGCACAAAGAGGAGCUUGUAUAUGUAUAAGGCAUUUUUUACACAUCUAAUUAAAGUAUAUAUAUGUAACAGA